CGGCCGCGGGGCGCGGGGGGAGCGCGGCGCCGCGCCGAGGGACCGGCCGGAGGCAGGUCUUCCACUCUGGACUUUUCAGGCUUGCAGGCUUCUGGGCACAUCACUUCUCAGCUAUGAGUAGAUCAAUAGGAUUGGACAUCUGUGUCGUCACCUGCAGCAUCCUGCUCUUGUCCUCCAGUCCACCAUGCCUUGCAUCUCCGCUGCUGGAGGAGAGGGACAUGACAAAGGUCCAGCAGGGCUCCUGGGCAGGGAAUGGGUUACAAGAUGAAAGGACAAGCAUGUUGAACUUGAAAAAUAACCUGAGCCCGUCUGAGCAGACAGUCUCUGAAGAGCCACGUGGAGUGUCAGUGAAGCCAUCUGGGAUGCCCUUAAAUGAAGCUUUCACUGCAGAAGGAGAAAUGCUGCCCGUAAGCCCGAGCCAUGUCAUCCCAGGCAGCCAGGGCCUGAGUGCUCACACCUCUGCUGUGGCAGUGGCUGCUGUAGAUGAAGAGGAGCUUGGUCCCACAAAGUCAGAGCUGGAUGAGGAUGAUGCAUUCAAGGCCAUGCUGACCACAGCUGUGACCACACUGAACCCUGCUGUCCAGGAGGAGUCUGUUAGCGACCCUAUUAGUGAGACCACCACAGAGGGUGGUGUUGAAGUGGAGCACAGCUCUGCCAGCCUCACAGCAACCCCCCUUUCUGGGACAGCUGAGGAGGAGGAGGCAGAGAGCAACUUGCACCCCUUAGCUGUGCCCCAGCCCACACUGUACCCCAGCUCUCCCAGCUGGGAAACAGCAAGCGACCACCCUGUCAUCCCAACUCCCCAGGAUCAUGGUGUGGCCUCUGAGGUGGGAACACCAAGAGCCCACACAGGGAGCCCUCUGAAGUCCUGGGCUGUGCAAGCAUCUGUGGCUGCAAAACAUCCCCUCGUGGUGACCGAGGCCUCCACCCGUCUGGAGGCAGGGAUGGAUGUCAGGGGAGGAGAGCUGCCCACCAUGGCUGGCACUGUCACCAUCCACCCUAUGGACACUGUGCCACCUGACUGGGAUGACACGAAACUGGGGGACAUAAGUCAAGGGGGAAGCACGUCUCAUGAGGAGGUAACAGAGGACCUGGGGACAACAGAGCCAUCCCAGACCCCACAGGGAGGUGUGGGGGAGGAAGAGGUUGUAACAAGGGUGCUGCCAUCCCCAGUGUCCUCUCCACCAACUCCUGAGCUUGCCAAGGAGAGCAACUGCACAGCGCCGGUGCAAGGGGAGGAGUUGCCAGCAGCUUCCACAGGCAGCAGUGAUGCUCUCCAAACCGCAACCUUGAUGGAUGUAGACAUGGCUGAUCUCAACUCACUGGAAAAUAUAGAUGCAGUCACAGCAGAGGAGGGGAAAAGCAUCCUGCCGUCACUGCCAGAGGCUGCUGUGGUGACAGAUACACAGUCUGAUCUCUCUCCUACUCUGGAAAGCUCAUGGAAAGGUGUUACUCAGGAGGUGAUGACAGUUGCCCAGGAGGCCAAUGCUGCUCUGUCAGUUGUGACACUGUUGCCUGGUGCUACCCAGGGUGCAGGAGCUGCCAGUCUUCCACAGGAGAACAGUGGAGAGGACACCCAGAUGCCGACUGCUCCUAGUGCCACCCAGAUGCUGGUGGUAACUGGUCCUUUCUCUGUGGAGAACACUCCAGAUGUAGAAGAUCUCACAGAGGUGGUCCUGGUCACCAGUGAGAAAGCUGUUCUAGCUCCUGGUGAGUUGUCUGCUACCCAGUCUGGACAGACAGAAGAGCCAUCCGGCAGAUCUGUAGUCCUGGUAACUCCAGCAUCAGUGGCAUCUUCUGUCAGGAGGACAGCUCUUCCACCUGUGAGGAGGAUCAGUACAGCUGUGACCUAUGGGCUGGACCGCCUGGAGUCAGAAGAGGGUGAAGAAGAGGAAGAGGAUGAAGAGGAGGAGGAAGAAGAAGAAGAGGAGGAAGAGGAAGACGAGGAGGACAAAGAUAUAGAUUUGAUGGACGAAAGCAUGGAGGGUGACACAGAGCUGCCAGGUUUCACACUUCCAGGCGAGACCUCCCAGGAGCCCAUAGCUGGCCUGGAAAACCCUGUGGCCCAGCUGGCCGGGGUGUCCUACCAGGUUCCUGACACCAUCGAGUGGGAGCAGCAGAACCAGGGUCUGGUGAGAAGCUGGAUGGAGAAGCUGAAAGAUAAGGAAGGAGGCAUGCCUAGUACGAUCUAUGCUCAUAGCAGAGCACCUUGGCCUGGGAUUCAGCCAGAUCGAAUGCUGAAAGGACAGAGAAUGGUUUUCCCGAUGAAGGCAGGGUACAUGUCGGGGAUGCUGGUUCCCGUAGGAGUUGGAAUAGCUGGAGCCCUCUUUAUCCUAGGAGCACUCUACAGCAUUAAGAUUAUGAAUCGCCGAAGGAGAAAUGGCUCAAAAAGACAUAAAAGAAAGCAGAGGGAAUUUAACAGCAUGCAAGACCGAGUCAUGCUCUUAGCUGACAGCUCUGAAGAUGAAUUUUGAAUCGAACUGCAGUGCCCUUGUGAUAGCCCGUGACUUUGAAAAGGAGGGAGUGGGAGAAAAAAAGAACAAGCGACCUUCUGCUGCAUCGCUGCUCUCCGCCGCCCCGAGCCACCGAGCAGUGGUCGGUACCACCCCGGAGAAAUGGCAUGCUAUGCUCUACGUGUACCGCGCAGUGAUGUUUGUUUUGAUACAGUAGUGAGAUUUCACAUUCGCACCCGGCGCCUCAUUCAGAUCCACAGCGCGUCUCGUUACAGCUGGAGCUGAUCCAUAUGGAUGAUUAUUUUCCUAUUACCCUGGUGUACUGUUUUGGUCCUGGCUGGCAGUAAUCUAAUCAUAACAAUAGCUCUCACCUAACCCGGGAAUGGAAAUCUUUACUGUGAAUACUGUGAAUGACUUCUGUCCAAUUAAUUUUAAAUGUUACAUUACCUGAGCUAGAGUUCAUUAGUGCUAAGAUUAGCUGCUCUGCUUAAUUAAUGAGUUAUACACUUGAACUAUAUCCCUUGCCACCUGAGAAGUGCCCAUGUACAGUGGUGUUGAUACAGUUUGAAGCACAUUUCUUCACUCGGUUCCCCAACUCUGACCCCUUCUUUCUUCCUUCAGCUCUGCUCCAUGCUUCUUGGAGACGCAAAGGAAUGGCCUCAACACUCGAUUCACAACAAAAAUCCUAGUGCAUUUUCAACCAGCACUGUCUGUCACAGCACAAUAAAUACCAGCGCUCACCUACUGCCGGAUAGUCUUGCAUGGAUCUUUAGCUUUUGUUCAGUGUGCAAGUAGGUAAGAGAAGAGGCAGGUCAGGGGUUUCUUCAGCUUCUGCCUCCUGUUUGAAGGACAACUAGUUAUGGGUUCAUCUCUUUCACAAGGCUGCAUUCACACAGAGGUGAAAACAGAGCAUCUGUCUCCUUUACCCACUGGAAAUUGCAUUUUCAGCCCCUGAAAGCUGCAUGAGUGGCAGCACCUUUGGGGGAAUCUGGAUGGGUCUUGUCUCCAGACCACGGAAUGCAGGAAGGCACCAAAGGUUGUGGAGCGAGUGACUGUCAGUGUCAAGGGAUUUGUAGCUAAUAGUCAGAGCGCAGCAGCAGCCACAGCUGGAGAGAUGUCUGCUCUGGGCCGGUGAAACGGUCACACUGGGGACCCUUGGCUGGGGGGGAGAAGGUGAAGUUGUAGGACACAUGGCUGUAGAGGGAUGUGGAGGUGAAGCCCACGGGUGGGACGGGGUGAGGGCGAGCUGCCGUGCUGCCCGGGCUGCUGGCGCUGGGUUGCACAGGGAGACAGCCCAUGACUGAGAUGUUAUGGAAACCAAGCAGGGGAAACUAAUGUUGCUUUGCACAGAAAUGCUGUUAAAAUAGUUAGAAAAAGGGCUGCGUUACUUUAUCUCUGCUUCAGGUUGUAAAAUUACUUCAAUCUGACAUUUAUGCAAAACAUCCAUGUUUCUGAGAUGGGAAUUACUGUUCUGUGGGGAGUCAUCCUUCAUACAAGGAACAGCGAUGUUGCCAGAGGAGACCUGAUUAGACAAAUAAGGCCGGACUGUACAUCUACAGAAAUUAAAUCCCACUGAGUCUUCAAAGAAGUGGAAGGGAGGAAAGUUUGAGGAGGGCUGCAUGCAGGAUUUCGUUCCUUGUCAAGGUAAAAAGGCCUGUCAGAUUGUGAAGGGUAGGUGUCGAUGAUGGUAAGCAAAUGUCUUUUGGGCAUGUGAGUGGGUUUGCAGUAGAGAGGACAUUUGGAAGACUCUCUUGAAGCUCAGUUCUCUCUUGAGAGGGUCAGGGCCUCCUCUGGACAUUAAGUCAUGAGAUGUGAUGUUCAGCAGCGCUCUUCAGAGCCCAGGUACUUUCCUGUAGGCCUCACCCACACGUCUGCUGAGUGACCCAGAGAAGGACAGGUGGAACAGCCGGGUUUCAAAAUGCUGCUACUAAUGCUAGUCUUCCAGUUGAAGAGCGGCGCCUGGUCCCUCAUACAUUCACCCUGCUGAGUGCGUGGGAAGCAGGUUGGAGGAGACACAGUAAACCCCAGUUCAUCAACAUAAUGGGGAGUCUUCAUACCCUAAUCCCUCUAGGAUAGGCUUUUCCAGCCAGGGCUCCACAGUGCUUGCAUCUCUCCCUUUUCAUCCCUCAAACUCCGACCAGGACAAUUUUGCCUUGGUAGAAGCAGCCCCGUGUGUUUAACAGGCACUGACUGGCAGCUCACUGUUAAGUCCAAGUGCCGCUACCCAAAAUUAAAGCCUCCUUCUUCCAUAAUAAGUGGUCAGUCCAAGCUAAGAAGUUUUCCUUCCAGAUUGAUCUCUCCCUAUUUCCUUCUCACUCCUGAAGUCUCUUGCAGCUUGGAGGUGGUUGGGAGGUGUUAGCAGUCCAGUUGAGCGUUGCUGGCUGUCUUGCAGUUUGGGAAUAAGGAGGUGUUGUCCCUUGGUCUCUUUGAUGAGUUGUUCCUGGCGAGGUGUGAUGAGGGGUUGCAAGGUGGAAUGGCUUCUCCUCCAUUCCAGUUUGCUGGAGAUCAUCACCAGAAAGGCUUGUCUUUUGGGUGCAGCGACAAGCAGGCUGGAAACAACACUAUGUAGGCAGCUGCGGGUUCUUAAAAUGCUUUACCCUGGUCCAGCCAGGGAGGCAUGGAGAAUAAUCAGUGACAAAGGGCAUUGACCUCUCUGCAAGAGGGAGUCUGUCUUGGAGCAGAAGGGAUGGUAACUGGGCCGGCUGAGUCCUUUCCAUGCAGCUGUAACCUGAAAGAGAGAUGUGAAAUAACACUGGAAAAGAGUAGCUGCCAGCAAUACUGCAGAACAGAGCAGAUGUAUCAGCAAGACCCAAGCAGCUGGAGAUCAGCAGGGUUUUGUGCAAUAACAGCCUGUGAAGGACAGUCUCCUCUGGCUUCCCUGCUAAUGGUACCGUGCCUGCGCAGUGUGUGAUAACGGCACAAGUUGCAUUAAGUAACGAGCAAAAUGCAGCACUCCUGGGCCAGUCAGGGGGAGGAGGGGUAGCUGAGGAGGCUGCUGGUCUGAGUGCAAGCACCCCAGCUCUGGCAGCACAGCAAGAGCUUUAUGGAUGAGUUGUCGAUUUGAUGGAUUGGGAAGGCUGGUGGGGAGGUGCCGUGGCCUUUCAUUUUGCUAAUAAAUCCACAGUUUGGGAAACACUGACUUUCUACAGUGGCAAUCAGCUUCACUGUCUCCUUGUCCUUCCCCAACAUAAUGAACUUAAGAAAUUAAAGGCAAUGCUGCCAGUCAGAAUGAUGAAGGUGGUGUUUUAGUGCAUCGGCUGGGUGCUCUCGUGUCCUCAAGAGCCUGGCUUCGCUCAGCGAGGACAGGGAGUGGGUGGCUGGGAUGCUGGAAAUCAGUGGUGCCACAAGUGAGGCUGACUAACGGUUGCAAGUAUCAGUGUAGCUCUGCGGCAAGUGUGGUGGGGCAAGCUGGGCAAGCAGGAGAGUUGCAGCCAAAAGGGAGGUCCAGCUGAAUGCACAGUUCGGUGGUGGCUCUCUGGUCUGUGCUGGAGCCAGCCUUGUGGGAUAGAAGAGCUGCCCAAAGAUUUUGCUUGUGGUCCAGCUUCACUCCCGGGUCUGUCUGAACACCACCAGCCAAGGUGCCUUGGUUGGGAGCUGCUGGUUGGCAGGAGACGACUGCUGGGCAACUUUCAGAGCCACUCAGCAGUGCAGAGAGAUCCCAACCGACAUCCAUUUGGAGAGGAGGUGUUUGUUGAAUAGUUUUGGCUACGCACCUGCCUCAGAGCCUGGAGGCUCCCCAUGUCUUCAGCUUAGUUCGUCUUAGUGUGGAGGCAAGACCCAAGUCAAAACCAGCGCUGGGUCCCAGUGAAGCUUGUAGGAGCACAGACAGGGUUUUCUGCAGUGCCCCUGGUGUCAGUGCAAUUUCUGCAGGUCCUUAAAGCACAAGCAUCAUUCAGCUCCUUCCCUUCUCAUCCAAGGCUAGUAGACUUUGGAUUGAGCUCUUACAAAUACUCUCUGUACAACUCCUGGAGUUUGAUUGAUUUGUUUGAAAUUAUCAGCUUGCAGGCAGGGAGGGGAGGAGGGUUUCAGCUGGGAGCUGAAUUCUCCAGUCUCUUAAUGCUUUACUGAUUUAACCUAUACCUCUGCAUUGUCAAACAAGCAGAUUCUUUUGAAAGAGGCAGGACAAGAAGAAGAGCCAAGAAGGGCCCUUCUCAUCCUUCAUGCUGGGUGAACUGCAAGCUCCUGAACGUAGAGGUGGGUCGUGACACUGCUAAGACAGCCUUGGCCCUGUGCAAAGGCAUGGCUGCGACAGCAACUUUGCUGCAGCAAUAAUAAUCUCUCGACUCAGCACAAGACGAGUCAUCCACCUCUGUUUUGGGUUUCCCCGAUAGCACAAGCCAGAAUUUAUUGUAGGCGUCACACAACCUCUUUGCCAUCUACAGCCCCAUUUCCAGUGGGAGGAACCAGCCUGCCUGAUGUGCAGCUCUUGCCCUGGUGAAAUGCACCUGCACUAUACAACUGCUGAUUUUUUAAGGUGUCUCCUGUGCCAGAUGUUCACCCUAGGUGAGGUUUCCCUGGACUGCACUGCUUCCAUAGCGUGAUAUUAGCAGUCCUCGUGCUUUCUUGUGGUUUUCUAUUUCAGACAAGAACAACUCCUCAUACUGUAACUAUGGAAUGUAGCACUUUGUUAAAUUAAAACGUUGGGAAAUAAAAAGCUGUCCAUCAUAUCUGA